AUGUUUGAUGCAUGUAAAAUAAAUAGUAAUUGCUGUCAUGAUGAGUUGGAGGAAGACAAUAAAUAUACAAAGGAUGAAAAUAAUUAUAUUUAUGAAAAAAAUACGAGAACAAAUACAAAUGAAUUAAAAAAUAUUAUAGAGGGAAAACCAGAUAUGACGAAAUCUGUCGAAAUUAGUCAGCAUACAGAAAGGGAAUAUGUGGCUAUAACAGCUUAUCAACCUGUCGAUACUAUAACUAAAACUGUAGAAGUGCCAUUUGUUAGAACAAUAGAAACAAUUAUCCCAAAAAUAACAUAUGAAAAUAAAAUUAGAGAAGUUCCAAAAUAUUAUUCCAAGUUUGUUGAAAAGGUUGUGGAGGUCCCAGAAGUAAAAUUUGUGGAUAAAAUUGUAGAAGUUCCAAGGAUACAAUAUUUAUUCAAAUAUGCUCCGAAAGUUGAGAUUAAAGAGAAUAUUAUAAAAAAACCAGUUAUUGAAAAAAAGAUUAUCGAAAAGUUUGUUGAAGUUCCAGAAGUUAAGGAGAUGAAACGGUUCCAGGAAGUGGAGACAGUGGAAUAUGUGAUCAAGUACGUACCCAAAGGGAGCAAAGAUGAAAAGGAUGAAACAGAAAAAGUAGUAGAUAGCGAAAGUGAGGAAAAGAAUGAAAAGGAAAAAGUAGUAGAUAAUGAAAAUGAGGAAAAAAAUGUAGAAAAUGAAUAUAAUAAAAAGGAUACAAAACUUGUUAGAAAUAUAUCAAUGAAUAAAGAAGUGAAUAUAAUUAUGGGAACCAAUAUGAUACUAAAUCAAGAAGAUAUAUGUGCAGGUGCACAAAAUAUAUAUCCAUAUAUGUUUACAAAAUCAAUGAAUGAAUCUGGAAUGGUAAUAAAUUCAAAUAGACAUUCUAAAUUAGAUAUUAUUGAUAAUAUAGAAAUGAUGCAACUAAAUGAAAAUGUUAAUUCAAUUUUACCAACCCCAAGAAUUGAACAAGUAUUUAAACCAAAAAUUGUUAAAAAUGUAGAAGUACAAAAACAUGUUCCUAUUUCUGUCGAUGUUCCAAUACCAUAUAUGGUUCCAAAACCUAUAGUUGUUAAUGUAGAUGUGCCUGUAUUAAAGUUUAGAGAUACAUUUGUACCUGUACCAGUCAGGAGAAAAAUCAUACCCAAAAUAAAAUGGAUAUCUGAUGUAUAUCAAGUAGAUUGUAUUAAAGAAAGACCAUAUCUAAAAAUACAAGAUAUAAUUAAACCUGUACCAUGUGAUAUAGAAAUUAAAUAUAACAAAUUUAUGGAAAAAGCAUGUCCCAUUAACCCAAACGAGUUACCACAAGAUGAUGUUCAUGCAAUGUGGAUUAGAGUCAACUCUCAUUUAGCUGAACAAAAAAAAAAAGAAUAUGGAAAUUUAUACCCUUACUAUAGAACUGAGUUGAACCAUGAUAGUGUUGUCGAAAUGACGGAGUCCAAAAACUUGAGCGAAGAAAAAUACAUGGAAGAGGAACAAAUUGAAAAGGAAUAUUUUAUGAGUUGCGAAAUGGAUAAAUUGGAAUCAAAAAAAAGAGAAGCUGGAGAUGUAGAUGAAACCACUUUUGAAGCAACCGAAAAUAGAAGUGAUGAUGGUAGAACAAAAACAGGUGACGUAAAUGAAAAUGUAGAAGAGGGCGAAAAUAAAGUAGAUGCGGCUGUAGAUGUGGGUGAAAAUAAAGUAGAUGCGGCUGUAGAUGUGGGUGAAAAUAAAAUGGAUGAAAAUAAAAUGGAUGAGAAUAAAAUGGAUGAGAAUAAAAUGGAUGAGAAUAAAAUGGACGUGGAUGUCGAAAUGGGUGAACAUAAAAUGGAUGCGAAUGUAGAUGCGAAUGUAGAUGCUGGUGAGAAUAAAAUGGAUGGGAGUGUAGAAAAUGAUAUUUCUUUUAUACAAGAUGGAAUGGUUUAUAAUAUAGAAGGUUUUAACAAUUUUAUGAACGAAAUUGAUACAAAUUAUCAAAGAAAGAAUUUAGAAGAAGAUCCAGUUGCACAUUUAUCCCCAAAUCAUCCACUUGCUAUGACAUAUUUACAAAAUAAAUGGAUAUCUACAGAUACAUUAAGAACCCAUGAACUUUAUAAUAAUAAUUUUAUUAAUGUAAGUGUGAAUUCUAACAUAAAUUUGCAAAAUAGAAAUAGUUUCUCAACAGAUUUAUUUCAAAAUAGGGAAUUUCUAAAAUCAGCACAUUAUAUGAUUUCUCCAUUUAAACCAAGAAACAUAAAAAAUAUAGAAAACUGUUAUAACCGAAUAAUUAUGCAAAACGUCCAAGAGGAGAAUAAUAAGUAUGCGGAGAAUAAUUAUAAUAAAAAUAAUGUCGAUUCAAAUUUAAAUAAGUUUAUUUAUGAAAAAAAUAAAAGUGACAAUUCUGAUGAUAAAUGUUGUAAUUACUUUUGUAAUCAAGAUAAGUGA